GCUGCCGCCAACAUGGCCGAGACAAACGAGGAGGUGGCGGUGCUGGUGCAGCGAGUGGUGAAGGACAUCACCAACGCCUUUAGGAGGAACCCGCACAUAGAUGAAAUUGGCCUGAUCCCAUGCCCUGAAGCAAGGUAUAACCGAAGUCCCAUAGUCCUGGUUGAAAACAAACUUGGUGUGGAGAGCUGGUGUGUCAAGUUCCUUUUACCCUACGUCCAUAAUAAGCUCCUUUUGUACAGAACGAGAAAGCAAUGGCUGAACAAAGAUGAAUUGAUAGAUGUCACGUGUACCCUGCUGCUUUUAAACCCAGACUUUACCACAGCAUGGAAUGUAAGGAAAGAGCUGAUCCUCUCUGGCACUUUAAAUCCAAUUAAGGACUUACAUCUAGGAAAACUGGCCUUAACUAAGUUUCCAAAGAGUCCAGAAACAUGGAUUCACAGGCGAUGGGUGCUACAACAGCUAAUUCAGGAAACUUCCUUGCCUUCCUUUGUGACCAAAGGAAAUUUGGAAACAAUCCCUUCAGAGAGGACACAGCGACUAAUACAAGAAGAGAUGGAAGUCUGUGGUGAAGCAGCAGGGAGAUAUCCAAGCAAUUAUAAUGCCUGGUCUCAUCGCAUCUGGGUGUUACAACACUUGGCCAAGCUAGAUGUCAAGAUUCUUCUUGAUGAACUAUCUUCUACUAAACAUUGGGCAUCCAUGCAUGUUUCAGACCACAGUGGAUUUCACUACCGCCAGUUUUUGUUAAAAUCUUUGAUGAGUCAAACUGUGACAGACAGUUCUGUAUUGGAGAAAAACACUUUGAGAAAUGAACCAGCCCUAGUUCUUCCAAAAGAUGAAGAAGCAGCUGCUUCAACAGAGGAACAAAGGAUAAAUCUUCCUCAUCUCCUAGAAGAAGAAGUGGAAUUCAGCACAGAUCUUAUUGAUUCCUACCCAGGACAUGAAACCCUUUGGUGUCAUAGGCGGCAUGUUUUCUACCUUCAACAUCACUUAAAUGGUAAGUUUCCUCACAGCAUGACCCAGCUGCCACCUGCAGACAGUCCUGGAGAGACUUUGAGUGAUUUGCACCUCAUCCCAGCAGAUCCUCGGCUGUCUCAGGCAAUGGAAGUAGAUGGAUUGAAUGACUCAAGCAAGCAAGGCUAUUCCCAAGAAACCAAACGUCUGAAGCGGACCCCAGCUCCAGAUUCUUUGGGCCUAGAAAUGGAGCACAGGUUCAUUGAUCAAGUAUUGUCCACUUGCCGGAACAUAGAGCAAGCCAGGUAUGCCAAAGCAUACAGGAAAUGGCUGGUCACUCUGAGUCAAUGAAAGUGGAUUAAUCCUGUAAGGUUCCCCUUUUAGUGCAAUAUUGCUUUCCUUUCUUAUUGACAUAGUUGCAUGAACUGUUUGCUAUUAUUGGCUAAUGUGUUCCUCAUCUUUAGGUUAAAAGUCCAUAGGAAACCUUACAUUUUAUUUAUUUUAUUAAGAACUGGCAUUCCUUUGGGGAUACAGUAAUUGUGUAGCUCCUUACUAAAAAAUGAGUCUUAAAUUUUUUCUUUUUAACUCCUCAUCCUUUAUAUUUCUAUACAUGGGGUUUUCACUCAGUUCUUAUAAUUGGGUCACAUAUACAUCCACCCACCUCAUUUUGAUUGCUAUAUAGGCAAAUUUUUUAAAUCAAAAUUUUUUGUUGUAGUUCAGCUUAGAAACAUUAAUACAGAUGCAGAAGAACUUAAUUUAUUUUCAGAAUCAAAUGGCUAGAUGUUUGGAUAUGUGAAAAUAUAAAUCAGUUCUUUUUCUAGCAUGUUCUACUCAAAAGUAUAGACUAAAUGUAACCAAAGUCAGAAGUAUUGAAAUUUAUAUUAAAAAAAUGCUUCCAAUGUAAUCCAUUUUUAAAUGAUUAUUUAAAAACAGAAUCUAAUUUAAGAGUUUAUGUAAGUGUAGUACUGGAAAAUUAUUUUUAUUACUAGCUUUGAUAGGUUGUUUUUUACCUCAUAUUUGGUAUAUGCCAAAACAGUCAUAUCAGCCCUGAUAAAAUAAAUUUUUUAAAAACCCA